UUCUCCCUGAAGCCAAUGCAAACAUCUUUAACAAGUGCUUCCUGUAAUGCAAUUGAGGCCGUGUGCUGGCGUAUGUUAGAAGGACAGUUUUGGCACGUGACUGACCUACACUUGGACCCCACUUACCACGUCACAGAUGACCACACCAAGGUGUGCAAUUCGUCCAAAGGCGCCAACGCCUCCAACCCGGGCCCCUUCGGAGAUGUCCUGUGUGACGCUCCGUAUCGGCUCAUUUCGUCAGCUUUUGACUUUAUUAAGAAUUCAGGGCAAGAAGCGUCUUUCAUGAUCUGGACAGGUGACAGCCCACCGCACGUUCCAGUCUCCGAACUGUCCACAGACACUGUCAUAAAGGUGAUCGCCAACAUGACGGUGACCAUCCAGAGCUUCUUCCCAGACCUCCAGGUGUUCCCCUCUCUGGGCAACCAUGACUACUGGCCACAGGAUCAGCUGCCCGUAGCCACCAGUCAGGUGUACGACGCCGUGGCCUACCUCUGGAAAGCGUGGCUGGAUGAAGACGCUCUGAGGACGCUAAGGACGGGUGGCUUUUAUUCACAGAAAGCCCCGGGUAACCCAAACCUGAGGAUUGUCAGUCUGAACACAAACUUGUACUACGCCCCCAAUGCCGCAACCUUGAAACAGACGGACCCGGCAAACCAGUUUGUGUGGCUGGAAAACACCCUGAACAGCUCUCAGCACAACGGAGAGAAGGUGCUCCUCAUCGCGCACGUGCCCGUGGGCUACCUGCCCUGCUCCAGCAGCAUCACCGCCAUGCGGCAGUACUACAACGAGAGGCUGGUGGGGCUGUUCCGGAGGUACAGCGCCGUCAUCGCGGGGCAGUUCUACGGCCACACGCACCGGGACAGCCUCAUGGUGCUUUCCGACCGAGAAGGACAUCCAGUGAGUUCUUUGUUUGUGUCUCCUGCUGUUACACCAGUGAGGAAUAUUUUAGAAAAAGAAACCAACAACCCGGGCGUCCGCCUCUUCCAGUACAAGCCUGGUGAUUACACGUUAUUGGGGAUGCUGCAGUAUUACUUGAACCUGACCGAAGCCAAUCUGAAGGGUGAACCUGACUGGAAGCUGGAGUACAACCUGACUCAGACCUAUGGCAUUGGAGAUCUGCGGCCGCAGAGCUUGUACGGGCUGGCUAAAGAGUUUGCACGCCUGGGCAGCAAGCAGUUCAUGAAGUACUACAAUUAUUUCUUCGUGAGUUACGACAGCAGUGCCGUUUGUGAUAAGAAGUGCAAGGCCCUGCAGAUCUGCGCCAUGCUGAAUCUGGAUCGUGCUUCCUACUCACGCUGCCUCCAGCUGUACCGGGGAGGGCACGGUCCCUAGUGCGCCAGGCUGUCUGCUGCCAGGGUGACCUUGCUGUUUCCAAGGCCACUUUGUGGGGGACUGUUUGGUAAAAUCUUUGUGAAUUACCAAGUGAACAAACAGAAUCCCUGUCUUUGCUCUGUUCUCUAAUCAUGCCCAUGUAUAGAUAUCUAUACAAUUCUAAAUUUUUGCUAUACUGAGUAUAUCUAGACAGCCCAUUCAUAGAAUUAUGUUUGGACGUAAAUCUCCUACCUUCCCUUUUAUAUGAUUGUAUCUAACUCAUACGUCUGUUGAAAUUGUUACGUUACUCUUACUGUAAAGCAAAAGACUUCUCUCUAAGCAUGACAAGAGUAUUUCUGAUGUGAUAAUUUUCAGACUUUUAAUUCACGCUUGUUAAAAUCUCAGCAUAAACUGAGGUUUAGUCUGUUGCCAGCUGAGGUGCACAGCGAGCUCAGCGUUGUUUCCAUGCAUGGACUCCUCUUGGCUUCUUAGGGCCACUUCUGGGUCUACAGAACAUCCCGGGGGGCCCUGCCAGGCCUUGUCAUCUCUGGGGCGAAGCACCGCUGACUCUGAAGGCUGAGAACAUAGCAAGUUGCAUGUAGUGAAACCUCAGCCCCAUGCUCUGGACUUCUGCUGGAAUUGUGGGCCGAGAGA